AUGGAUCCGCUGCUGAGAGUAAACGAGAGCGCAUCGAGGAAACUUCUGCGCAGCCUCUUGUCGCUGGCAUCAGUGCCGUUCCUGCACGUCGCGGCGUCACGAGCUGUGUCCGUCUUCAUGCUCUCAUCGUUCCUGCUGACCGCCGUGGACUUUGGCACAGACAACGGUCUCGCUGGAUACAAGGCGGUUGCGCCGGUCACCGCGAGCGCGAUCGGAGACUUGGUUUCGCGAGUGGGCACUGGUCUUCUCUUGGACACCAAGGUGCUAAGCUGUGAAGCCUUGAUGCUGUGGAGCUUCGCCGUCCAAACAGCCGCCAUGGCUGUGUUGGCGCUUACGAAGAAAUACUGGCUCCUCCUUGCCAGCUGCUUCUUCACCGGCUUGACGUCCGGGGGCCGAAUAUUCGCCUGCACCGUCAUGAUUGCCGAGCUGUUUGACCAACAUUCACUGUCACUCAGUCUCGGCAUCACGAACUUCAUGGCCGGCAUCGUUUGCCUUGCGAGGCCAUCCCUCAUUGGCCACGCACGAGACGUCAUCGGAUCGUACAAUCCUCUUUACGCGGCGUUUGCCGUCACCAACGCUGUCUUUACAGCCACCUGGAUGGUGAGCCUGUGUUGGCGCAGGUGUAGGAGACAACGGAAACUAGAGAAUGGCGUCGCAGGUUAGGGGCCUGGACUAGGAAGGCAACCUCAGCCACAACUUGUGCUUCAUAUGCACUGUAAUGGCUAAAGUUCAUCCGUGGCUUACUGCAACGAAGAGAGAGAGAAGACAACGAUCGUUCACUGGGCCGGCUGUUCUCCACCGCCUCCUCUUGUAUUCCCCCAGUAGAGCACAUGCCAAUGACAGUGCGCCGUUUUCUUCAUUACAGUUAGUUAACUAAAAAAGCAUUACCCGCCAGUGUAGAUGAUGUUCGUCAACAAGAGUAUGUCAAUGAUAUUGUGCCAAUGACUACAGAAAAUAAAACGCUUAUGGAAGAGGGAAUCUUUGAUAUUUUCCCGAUAAGAUUGGCUGAGCUAGUUACGCUUUGGGAGGAGGAUGAUCAAGAGGAAGGAAAGGCAGCAAGGUCAAUCAGAUGAGUGUCCGGUCUGCUAACCUACACUGGGGGAAAGAAAUGGGGGAUUAAAAUAUUGGGAUAUAGAAAGCAGGCAACUUCGAAAAAUACACGUGAACUCCAUCCGAUAGUAAAUAAAUAAAUUAGCAUUGCGUGUUAUUGAAACGUAAAAUACAGCGAGGGUACUCCCCUCUGGCACUGGGAGAUGUUAAUAAGGGUACAGCAGCUUGCGCAUAAAAUGUGACUCCUAGAGAAAAAAAGAAAUGUAGAAAACUAACAGGGCUAAUUUCGCGUUGAUGCGCAACCUUCCAAAGUGAGGAAGCGGGGAGUCCGUGAAGAGGAAAAAUUUUAAAAUAUAGAUAUUUCAACUGAACCAGCUCUAUCGCGAAUAAAUAUAAACACUUCGUUGAGAAGUCAUGCUAUGAUCGCAAAAUAAAUUAACGACUGAUAGCUCACAGGUCAUCGUCUAACUACAGAGAGCUCCACAGAUGAUGAUAAGACAUAAAUGCGUGACCUACC